AUGUUAUUGGGUCAAUUAGACAACAAUUAUUUCCAUAACCUCUAUCCCGAAGGUGAAAUAUCAUUCGACAUUAAAAAAGGAGGAGAUCAAUUAGGAGUUGUUGUUAUAAUAGAUAGACCAGGAUCAGACAAACCACAACGGUAUUUUAUCAAAAUGCAUUCUCUUGGGAGAAAAGAAAGCAACUCCACUGAAACAAAACCAGUGGAUGUACUUGAGCUUAUUAUUUACAAAAUUUUAGAAAAGCUCAACUUGUCGAGCAACCAUCUAGCGCAUCACAUUCCUAAAGCGAAGGAUUACUAUACUUUAUUAGAAACUGAUAUUGAGACUUUUGUUCGAUAUUUACAACAAUAA